UAUUUCCAUUGAAGCUUAUAGGAAAAUGGUUGCUGUUAUGAUGACUGGCCAGUCAUUUUUUAGCUAAAAACAACCUUUAUAAAUUUUAGAAAAGGUCUAAUCCAAGUGCAAUUCGAGACAGUUCAAUGAUUUUUCAGUAUGAGAAAAUUGCUUGUUUUCCCAGGAAAAUCCAUUUUAGCGUGUAAAUAUCAUAGAGCGUACCUUUAAUUAGUUCAGUUUUUGGCCUUACCCAGCAGAUUUAAAAUCUAUCAUGUGGAUAGUAAUCAUGCAGAGUAUGAAGAGAAUGAAACUUAAAUACAAUGAAAGUUCAUUUUUUAAAGUUCUGAUUUUUUUAAACUUGUUGGAGAGGUAUAGUUAUUUUAUUCUUUUGAAAAUAAUUUCAGGAUGUCAGAUAACAGUGUUGCUUUUAUUCAAAGUGAACUGAAGUCAGUGAAAGAAAAUUGUGAGAAGAAGGUGAAGGAUUCUAAAUUAGUGGCAUGUGUACCUGCUAUGGUUAGAGUUGUUCUGGAGCAAACACAACACAAGAGCAUAGUGGUUUGUCUCAUGUUCCCAGAUAAAUAUCCAGAUGCCACAAUUUUGAUAGAACUGAAAAGCAAAACUCUCUCAUACAAGCUUCUGCAGGGACUCACUAAAGUUGCUGAGGAGGAAGCAAAAAAAUAUCUAGGGAGAGAACAGGUCUUAAUGGUGCUCAAGUUUAUCAGGAAUUUCAUUCAAGAAAAUCCCCUGUGUGUUUGCAGUGAAGAAAUCUCUUUCAUAAAAAAAGAUCUUUUACAAGACUGUGAUGACAUUAAAUUAAAACAGAAACUAUCUCAAAUUAUUCUUAAAGUGAAAAAAGACCAGUACUUUAUGAACUUUAAGAUCACAAUACCAGAUAAUUAUCCAUUUGAUCAGUCUAGCAUAGAGGUAGCUGAUCACAACUUUCCAGAACCAUUGACAGUCAACAUAUUAGCUCAAGCAAAUGAAAUAGCAAGGCGGUGUGUACAACCUCCUCUUAAAAAGAGACCUAAAGACCCCCCAUUUGAGCCAAAACCUGCUGUUCGCCCAGUGUGUGAGUAUAUGAUUCGUACCUGUAUAAAGAACUAUCCAGCCCAAAAAUGUCCCCUGUGCAAUGAAAUGGCUCUCCCUGAAAACCCACAAGAAAUAAUAAAUGAACCAAAUCAUGAGAAGUUUGCAGAGCGGGUUUAUUGUGGUCACACAUUUCAUCAUGGUUGCUUAGACAUCUACAUGAAAACACCACCUUUCACAGGUGGGAAGAAAUGUCCCAGCUGUAGUAAUAGAAUAUAUCAUGAAAAUUGGAAAGUGACUCCAGAACUAGCAGAAGCAAGAUGGGCACACCAGGAGGCAAGGAGAAGGGAAUUAGAUGAAGUUGUGGACUUUUUAGAAUGACUGUGAUCUCCUUUGGUGACUUCUUUGACAAAAAGUAUUUAUUGAAUAAAAUUGCCCAUAUUUGCUUACUGCACAAAACCAGUUUUGAAAUCUACUCCUUCAGUUUUUCUAGAACCAUUAAUUAUCAAUAUUUUAAUUAUGAUCACUUCUGUAUUUGUGACAUAAAAACGUUCUUUAUAUAUAUAUAUAUAUAUAUAUAUAUAUAUAUAUAUAUAUAUAUAUAAUUUAUUCCUCACACCAACUACCAAUUUUGUGUAUAUGGAGCUAGGUUUCAUUUUAUUUAUGUUUACCGAUUUAACAUAAUAUUUUGUCAAAUUGUUUGUCCCAUGGACAAAAAAAUUUUAAAAAUUGUGCAGAGUGGUAUCAAAUAAAUGAUUUUUUUCUUUAAAUUAAUUUUAUAUAUCAACAGUUUGUUAAAGUUUUUCACUUGCUGCCAUGCUUUAGAAUAGAAAAUAUUAGCCAGAUGUCACCACAAGUGAAAAGUGUAUUGUGAAAUGAGUGCAAUAAACUUUCUUCAUUA